AUACCAUUCAGAGACAAUGGUGUUUUGACUCGGCGACAAAGGCGCUUUAACUACGUUCAUUCAUCAAUUCGGAUGUUCAUAGAAAGGGCGUUUGGAAGGCUGAAGGGCAAAUACCGAAGACUGUUUUACCUUUAUGUUAAGACAUUUGCAUAUGGCAUGGACCACAUAUUAUCAAGCUUUGUUCUGCACAAUUUUAUUUUGUUGGAAGGAAGGGAAUCGGAUGGUGUUUGCUUCAUGCAGCCCCAACAACCCAACCACAACCACCAAUUCAAUAAAGAUGAUAACUUAGAGGAGGAGAACGAUGAAGACAUAAUGAAUGGGAAUGAUGCUGACGGUGAAGAUGUUGCUGGAGGCAGAGCUGGUUAUCAACAUCCACUUCUAGCCCAGUCUAAGAUCGCUGGUCACGAGAAGAGAGAAAACAUUUCCCAUCGUUUAAUGGAAUUGCUUAAUGACAGGGUCUAAUUUUAGGGAGUAUUCUACUUCAAAAAUCUGUGAUAUAUACCAUCUGUGUUCAGGCAAGUGACUGUAAAGAAUAAGU